AUGAACCAAGAUAAUCUAAAGCAGAUACAAACCAAGGUGCACCCAUUGAACCUCAAUCUGAAGAAAAAGGUCAAGAACCCGGAGCUCUUCAUUGCAGAUCGACCUCAAAAUCAGAUAAAAUUACUGACUUACAAUAUCCAGAUGAUUCCUAAAUCACUGCAAGGUGAGUACCAGUCAGGUUACUAAGAAGAAAGAUUACUCGACAUCUUUAAAAAUCUAGGGGAAUAUGAUAUUGUAUGCUUCUAAGAGGCUUGGGGAUUAUUUUAAGAAAUCAAGUAGCUGUUAAUGCUUUAUGCCCAGAAGGCGGGUUUCUUGUAUGUAGCAGAAACAAGAGACCCAAAUUUCUCAUCAACCUACUUGGGAGAUGCAGGUAUAAUGAUAGUCAGUAGAUUCUACAUAAAGAAGAGUCAAUCUAUAUAGUACUCAUUCGGAGUUGGCAACGAUGGAUGGACCAGAAGAGGAGUCUUAUAUACUCAGAUCUCAAUAGGCGGAAAAGAAAUUCAAGAUUCGAAUGGGAAUAGUAAAAUAAUAGAUAGUGCUAUUCUCCACCUAUUUACCACUCACAUGCAGUCAAGUCACUUCUACCCGACAAAUGUUGCCCCUUCUACUCUUAAGCAAAGUAUAGUCUGCCGUACUGAGCAGUGCCGAGAGUUAAGUUCAUUCAUCGGAGAGCAACUUAAAUAGAGCAAACUUGGCCCAACAGAUUUAGUGUUGCUCACUGGAGACAUGAAUAUUAGUGGCCGUGAAAUAAAUCCAAUCAUGACUAAGAGACUCAUCAAGGAGAAUCCUUUGUUUGCUGAUGUGAUUAAGGAACUUUACCUAGAAUAUCGUAUACUCACUGAACUGCUUUCUCAGGGACAGCAGAACACAGUCAUUGAUCUCUUGAGAAGGGAUAAUAAAGACCAUCUAGAUGAAUUAUGCACAUUUGGGGAUUACUAUUUGAAUGAGAUAGGAGAAUGUGUUCCGACUGAAACUGUACUGACUGUUAAAAAUGAGUAGUGUUUCAAAGAGCUACUCGAUUAUAUAUUCUAGAUCAAGCAUAACGAUGGGCCAAGCAAAUAAGAAUAAUGCCAGAGUAAAAGUGGAGAGAUAUCAUCAAAGGCCUUAUUGAGAAUGCUACCUGGGUCUACUUAGAUAUAGAAGUUUUUUAUUAAGGGUAGGCCUUAUACAUAGACAAGUGAUCAUUAUGGAAUUAGUACAGACAUUGAAUAUUUAGAAUUUGAUGAUGAAAAUGAUCUUUUAAAGAAAUUUGAUUGA